AUUGGAAGGUCACGUGACACGUCUUUAACAAUAUCAGAAAACUUACUUUAAAAUAUUCAAUAAUUAGAGAAUAAAAUGGCUGCUCAAACCAACGGAAAUACAGGGAGAGCUGAGGGCGAUUUUAUCGUAAAAAGUGGAUUAGCGCAGAUGACAAAGCGUGGACUUAUCAUGGACGUUGUUACAGCUGAUCAGGCCAGGAUAGCGCAGGAGGCAGGGGCCGUAGCCGUGAUGGCGUUAGAACGGGUACCGGCUGACAUCAGGCGAGAUGGAGGUAUUGCGAGAAUGACAGAUCCAAAACUAAUAAAGGAAAUAAUGGCAGCAGUGACAAUACCGGUUUUUGCUAAAGUACGAAUCGGACAUUUUGCUGAAGCACAAAUCCUGGAAGCCCUAGGAGUAGAUAUGAUCGACGAAUCGGAAGUUUUAAGUUCUGCGGAUAAUGAGUUCCACAUUGAUAAAAGUCCGUUUACUGUUCCCUUCGUGUGCGGAGCUAGAGAUCUAGGAGAGGCCUUGAGAAGGAUCGCUGAAGGCGCUGCUAUGAUAAGAACUAAAGGUGAGGCAGGGACAGGAGACGUAGUUCAAGCUGUUAAACACGCCAGAACUAUUAAACGAGAGAUUGAUGCUGCUAAGAUGAUGGAUGAUAAUCAGCUAAGGGCGUAUGCUAGACAUCUAGGAGUUUCCUUUCCUCUGCUAAAAGAAACAGCGGAGAAGGGAAGAUUGCCUGUUGUGAACUUUGCUGCCGGAGGAAUAGCUACCCCGGCAGAUGUAAGUCUUCUCAUGCAGCUUGGUGUUGAUGGAGUCUUUGUUGGUUCAGGUAUUUUUAAAAGUGGAAACCCAACAAAACGUGCAAAUGCUAUGGUUCAGGCAGUAAAUAGCUUUGAAGAUCCGACCCUUCUAGCAGCUCUCAGUGAGGAUCUGGGAGAACCAAUGGUUGGCAUCAGCUGUGAUCAGAUGCAGACUAAAUGGGAGACAAAGGAGAGCCAGCUAAACCAAUAAUCGUUCAGUAUCAACUUUGAAAAGAAAGAAUCUAA